GUUUAUGGAUUCCUCGAAGCUCCGGCUCGUGAGCGGCAGCGUCCGGCAGCGCAGUUCAACACCGCUCGCCCCACUAUCGCAAUGCCUCCGUCCCGACAGGAGCACGGAGAAUCCGCGCGUGUUGAUCAGGGCAAGCGGCGAAAUCCUGGCAUCGCAGCAGCAGGGUCAUUCGAUCGGGCAGCAGCUGCUCGCGCCGCCGCCGCCCAGUCCCGCCCGCCAAAUCCCGCGGGAGCUGGAUCCGCUGCGAAUGCCCGAGCACGUCGCGAUUAUAAUGGAUGGGAACUCUCGCUGGGCCAAGCUCCGGGGAUUGGCCACCGACAGGGGGCACGAAGCCGGCGUGCAUGCAUUGCGAGAGAUCGUGGCCGCCUCCAGCCGCUUGGGUAUUAAAACUCUCACCGUCUUUGCCUUCUCCACCGAGAACUGGCGUCGUCCCACGGAUUGCCGUGAUCCAGAUUGAAAUCCAGUUCCUGAUGCAACUGUUCGAGAGAGUGAUCUCGGAGGACUCCAUGAACAUCUUCACG